CCCUCCUCCCUGUGUGUAGUAGAUGUGCUGAGCUGUUGUCACCGCUGUACCCAUCGCUGUUGCCGCAGCCUCCCUGUUAGCCUCGUGCUAACGCUGAGCGGUGGAGUCUUCAGACAACAUGGAUUAAACUGACUAUGGCUGUUACUUUUCACAUGGCAGGACCGUGGAAAAGGGAUUUAUUUUAUGGUCACGCGAGUGGACUACUACCACUACACCCGUGUCGUGGGCUUCUCCGAAGCAGCAGAGAAAGAACAGAGAAGGUGAGCAGUGACCAUGGAGGCUGUAUUUCAUUCUCUCCUCACUACAGCUGGGCAGCUGCCAUGUUUUCUCCUGACUCUGUUUGCACUGUGGACAGUCCUGUGUUCAGCAGACAUAAAGCAGACAAGAUGGCCAUUAUACUCCCAGAAGCCAGUUGUUCUUGCCUGGAAUGCCCCAACACAGGAGUGUGCUCCAUGGCAUCAUGUAACUUUGUCUCUGGACCAGUUUGACAUUGUGGCAUCCCCCAAUGAGGGCUUUGUGCGUCAGAAUCUCACCAUUUUCUAUAAGGAGCGCCUUGGCUUGUAUCCUUUUUAUGAGCGCGAUGGCACUACAGUGAAUGGAGGCCUUCCACAGCUUGCCAGUCUCACUCAGCACCAUAAAAAGAUGCCUGGCGAUGUGCAGAAAUACAUACGUGAGCCACAGGCAAAAGGUUUGGCUGUUAUCGAUUGGGAGGAGUGGCGCCCACUAUGGAUCCGAAAUUGGGACAUUAAAGAUGUGUAUCGUAAAAAAUCUUGUGAAAUGGUGGCCAAAAAGAAUCCUAAGUGGACCCAAGAACAAGUGGCAAAGGUUUCACAGCAGGAAUUUGAGCUAUCGGCUCGCAAAUUCAUGCUGGAAACUCUAAAACACGCCAAGAAUUUGAGGCCCAAUCAAUUGUGGGGCUUCUACCUCUUUCCAGAUUGUUACAACCACGACUACAAAAGUGGCCUGAAGAACUACACAGGCCGCUGCCCUCAUGUGGAGAUGGAACGCAAUGAUCAACUGAACUGGUUGUGGAUGGAAUGCACAGCAUUCUUCCCGUCUAUAUACAUUGGUUCUGUACUGCGCUCUUCAAAGUAUGGACGUCUCUUUGUCCGAAACAGGGUGAAGGAGGCAAUGCGCCUGGCGUCUGUUGGGGAUGGCUUAGCAAAUCCUGUUUUUGUUUAUACCCGACCCACUUAUAUGAAUGAAAUGACACUCCUAAGUGAGAUGGAUCUGGUCUCUACCAUCGGCGAGAGUGUUGCUCUUGGAGCUGCAGGCGUGAUCUUCUGGGGGGACACAUCCUAUGGAAGCAACAGUGACAGCUGCUCCGUCCUAAAUAAGUACCUUCAGGGACCGCUGGGACGGUACCUGCUCAAUGUGUCCACAGCAGCAGAGCAGUGCAGUCAAUUAAUGUGUAAAUCCCACGGCCGCUGUCUUCGCAAAGUAUCAGACAAGGAUGUGUACCUACACCUCAGCCCCUCGACACAGAGCAUCACCAGUCAGGGUGGCCUGUUGAAGGUUACAGGAGUGCCUGGCCAAGCUGAGCUCACACUCUACCACACACACUUCCAGUGCCAAUGCUACCAUGGGUACAGGGGUGAGGCUUGUGCUCAGAAAGAAAGAGGGCAGAAUAGAGCCUCCUCUGUCUUCGGGACCUGGCCCCUUUGCUUUUUACUUCCACUAGGACUCCUCACUCUGCUACACUGAGGACUAUUACCUUCCUCUCUCAGUUUUGAAAAGGACAUUUUAGACUUAAUGCAAUUGUGACAGCGAUCGAUUCAUCUUUUUUUUUGCCAUUUAAAUAAAUAGUUUUGUCCGUCAAUCUGCACUGAGGGAUCCUCAACAUUGCUUUCUGGAAGUAAUCUUGCAGCUGAUUAUUUACACAGAUCAGUUGACGUUGAAAGUCAAAUCUUACCUCUGAAAGGCCUUUGUCAUGUUCCAUGCUGGCCCUGACCUCCAGACUGUGCCUACAGAUACAGAUGUCCUAUGAAUAGUGACAUGUAAAAACAUUUUUAUUGAUCUGCUUUUGUUUUCUUUCUUUCUUUUCUUUUUUUUUUUUUUUAAAUAUUGGACACAACACCACACUGAUGCCUCUAGGGCUACGGUUUGUUUACACCACCAUGUUGGCAGGAAUAGCUUCAGGAAAACAGUGCCACUGCUGGUUUCAAGCCAUCACUUUAAAUCCAUGGAGAUUGAGCAAUAUAUCACAAAACCUGUGUUUUACAUAAUACAUAAUGGAAAUUGAGUUGCCUUGCUGAUUUGAACGACACAGUUUCCUGCCAAAAUGGUGGUGGGGUACAUUCUGGGUACAUUUGAGUCUUAUGGUGGUUGCAAUAAAAUGGUACCAUUUAGUUAUUUUUGCCUUGUCACAUUGCUGCCUAAUAUUGCAAAGCUGUCGAUGAUUGUCGGGUGUUACGACUGUAACCUUGAGACUGACAAAUUAUGAUGUCGUCGGUUAUCUUUGGCUUAUACAAACAACAUGGCUGGACCUGCCUGUUUGAGUUCAGAGUUGUGCCUUAACUGGGCUACUCAGUAAUCUUUUGUUUACAGGGUUGUGAUUAUUAAUUAGGUUUGUGCUUUAUUGUUCAUCUCAGCCUUAUUUGGGCACAGUGCUGUAAAAAAAACAAAAAAAACAAUCUGUGUGAUACAUAUGGUCAUUUCCUAAUCAAGUUUUUGUUUAUUUUAUUGAAGACACACUCUAAAAUGUUAUAUACGCAGAUCUUAAGUAACCAAAGUAAUUAUUUGGAAAAUAAUAUUGGCUUAUAUAUAGUUUUCACAUUUUAUACAGCGAUAUCUAUAUUAACCUAUAAGUAAGUAAUGAUCAGAGUCUGUGCAAUAUAACAAUAACAAUUUUGUUUACUGUGUAUUUUGAUUACAUUUUCAGAUCUUUGCUAAAACUAGCUGGGCAGUUUUAUAUUUAUCAUUUUUUAUAUAUAUUUGUUCUCUUUGGAAUGCUCAAAGACGGUACAUUACAAUUAGAAAUGAGUUCCUGUUUUCACUAACUGGAUAAACAGUAUUGCAAUAGAACAUUAUAUGCAUGGUGGAUUAUUAUUAUUAUUAUUUUUUUAAUUCUGCACUUUAAUUUUCUAUUCUGGUAUUUUGCUGGAUACAGUAGCCUGUAGCUGUACAGUAAGUAUAUUUCAGUGUAUUACUUUUUUUCCCAUUUAAUGUGCCAUGUGAGAUUUGUGUCGACUGAGAAUUUUAACCUCACUUUAGCUCUGUUGUCGUGUAAGAUCUCAGAUUAAUUUGCCAUUAUCUCAGCACAUAAUGGGUUAAAACAAACACAAUCACACCCAAGUUAGAGACCAGAAUAAACACAUUUCCUUUGAGUAUUGGAUGCCAAGGUUACCCAAUCUUGUUUGUUAUAUUCAUCGUCAGGAUAUUCAAGGCACAGUUUGUGUGUGGAGAAAAUGAUGCAGUUUUGCUGAAAUCAUCAGACUAAGACUCCCAUGGAAAACUAAAGAGCUUUGCAGCCGAGCGUGAGCUGGUGGUAAUGACAGUCGUGGUUCUUUGAUGUUUGGGUUGGCAGUGAGUUGCUGCCCUAUCUGGAGGAAUUUCAUUAUCUCAGGUUCUUUUUCAAGUGCGAGGGGAGGUUAAGCAGGAGAUCAAUUGGGUGGAUCAGCGUGGCAUCACUCGUAAUGUACUGUACUCUAGGUGUUUUGGACUAUCAUGAUGCAGAGGAGGGAGCUGAGGCUGAAGCUUUGACUUUGUACCUAGUGACUAAGUUUUCAAGUGUUCUCACCCUCACCUAUUGUCAAGAGUGCUGGUUUGUGUGAAAUGUGUGUAAAGUCUCAGUCAGCCUUGGAGAUAAUGUGAGGGGUUUGGGUUGGGUUGUUGCCGCUUCAUGUAGAAAGUAAUAAGUUAUUAUGGUUCAAGUGUCUGAUUUGAAUGCCUUUUGAGCAUUUUACAUUUCACAGAGGAGAAGCUGGAAUAGCUACAGUACAUCUACUACACGCAGAAAAUAUAAUGUUGGAUGAAGUGUUAAAACAGAAAUUGUCUAAAAUCUUGAUUCAUAUGUAUGUAAACAUCCUGAAGGAAUUGUGCGAGUGUGUGUUGUUGUUUUUUUCCCCACAAUGUCUUGUUCAUUCAACUGCUUUGUUCAGAUUGAACAUUAAUUUACUUGUGUCUUAUAUUCAUCUCCUUGUUGUAGAAACUAUUUUGUCCAGUUGCUAAUUCUUUCUUUUUCUUUUUUUUUUCAUAAAGGGAUCAUUGUUUGAAACCAAACUGGAAACAAAACAUUUUUUGAGUUUUUGUACUUAAAAACGUUUGAUAUUCAUCUUUUUACCUAAAAUCAUUUCAAUAUUAAAUGAAUUUUGAAUGAAAUUGUUCUUGUCAAGUUUUUUGGCUUUAUUCAUGUGAUCUGCAGUCCAGUGGAACUAUUUUAUUGUAAGUAAAAUUCACACGUAAAUAAAUAAAUAAACUACUGCUUCUUCAGUA